UCUAUGGUCUGUCUCAAACCUGAUUAGUGAUGUCCACUGGAGAGAGGAGACCUUUUUAAAACAUCAUUUCUGGAUGUCAAAAGACCCCAAAGCUCAAGAAGAUCCUAAAAUGGACAGAUGAAACACAAAUAACUACAAUCUGCAGGUACAAAACAGCCCUUAACUUUGGGAUACGAGUUCCUCCGAUUCAACCCGAGGAGGAUAAGAUGAUCUGAUGGUGAUUAAAGGUCCUGUUUGAGUCGACAGUUAUAAAGACGUGAUGUUGUCUGCACAGGGAACCGGUGCAUUGGUUGUAUUCCACAGUGUCAUACUAGUGACCGCACUGAUAGACUCUGAUGAUGUCAUCACACGAGAUGAGCAGAUCUACGUUCUGAUUGGUGCUCACGCCAAGUGUGAGAGGAGCAUCCAGGCACAUAUGUCCCUGGUUAAAGAAGGUGACUGCAUCCCAGAGUGGGACGGGAUCAUCUGCUGGCCACGGAGCAGAGCGGGCCAGCUGGUGUCAGUGCUGUGUCCACAGUACAUCUACGACUUCAAUCACAGAGGGCGAGCCUACCGCCAGUGUGACGCGUCAGGGAGCUGGGAGCAGGUGCCCAGUAUCAACCGCACUUGGGCUAACUACACUGAGUGCACCACAUACUUGACCUCCAACCACAGGAGCCAAGAGGAGAAGGUGUUUGAGAGACUCCACCUCAUGUACACUGUUGGCUACUCCAUUUCUCUAGCAUCGCUUUUGGUGGCAGUCUCCAUCCUCUGCUAUUUCAAGCGUCUCCACUGCACACGUAAUUACAUCCACAUUCACCUCUUCACCUCCUUCAUAUGUCGAGCAGUCAGCAUUUUUGUGAAGGACGCUGUGCUCCACUCCAUAUCUGAAGACAGAGAGGAUGAGCCUGAGUUCACUACACAGAAGUCCCCUAUGGCUGGCUGUAAAGUUGCUGUUACGCUUUUCCUUUAUUUCCUGGCAACCAAUCAUUACUGGAUCCUGGUGGAGGGGUUGUAUCUACAUAGCCUCAUCUUCAUGGCCUUCCUUUCUGACAAGAACUACCUAUGGGCCCUCACCAUCAUCGGUUGGGGUGCUCCAUCUGUGUUUGUGUCUGUUUGGGUCAGUGCUCGAGCAUCGCUGGCAGACACACAAUGUUGGGACAUCAGUGCAGGAAACCUAAAGUGGAUCUAUCAAGUUCCCAUUCUGGCUGCCAUUGUUGUGAAUUUCCUCCUCUUCGUCAACAUAAUACGUGUACUGGCCUCUAAACUGUGGGAAACAAACACUGGUAAAUUGGACCCUCGGAAGCAAUAUCGGAAGCUGCUCAAGUCCACAUUAGUCCUCAUGCCCUUGUUUGGAGUUCACUACAUGGUGUUCAUGGCUCUUCCCUACACUGAGGUCACCGGGCUGCUGUGGCAGGUUCAAAUGCAUUAUGAGAUGUUCUUCAAUUCAUCCCAGGGCUUUUUUGUGGCCUUUAUCUACUGUUUCUGCAACGGAGAGGUGCAGGCAGAGGUAAAGAAGGCGUGGUUAAGACGCAGCAUCGCGUUGGACAUCAAACAGAAAACCAGGAUGACCAGCAGCGGAGGCAGCUGUUACUACGGCGGCAUGAUGUCACACACCACUACCCACAGCGUCAGCUUGUCUGCUGCCAAUCCCAGAGCUCUUUCCUUCACCGGAGCCGCCGUGGGCUCUGGUGGUGGUGCUGCCGUUGGAGGGUCAGGGGUCAGGCCGGCACGUCACGGCUCUUUCCACCCGCAAUUCAGCCUGCCUGGAUAUGUGCCCGCUGAUACUGAGACCUCCGGCCCCACACAGGAGGAGCUGGGUGUGAGGAAACCAGGGAUGACAGAGUCUGGAGUUUUUGCCAGGCAUGCCAGAGCAAGCAAGGGAAAUCAUGAUACCGAAAGUCAUGGAGCGUCUCCAGCCCAAACCACUGGAGCAGAAGGUGGAGACGGCUGCUUAUCUCCGAAAGAGGUGGAGACCAUCUUGUGAUUGUUUUGAUAAAUAUAGACAGAUGAGCAUAAAUGAAGUACUGGACUCAAGGAAGAUGAUGAAAGGGAUGAAUUGUUCUGACUUCACCUGAGAGUGGUCAUCUUUACAAGCCUCUAUUUUGAUUUCAAUCAGGAGAGACUUCAUGUGCACAACCGGAGGAGAACUGUGAAUAGUGUUUAGAGAUUCGACCCCAUCGUAACUGUUCCACUUCUGUUUUGCUAAACCUGUCCAGUGAAUAUGAUUGAGGUGAAUGGGGUGGAGGAAGUGAAUGAAUGAUGCAUAAAGUUAGUCUUCCUGACUGAACUUAAGCUGAGCUUCAUCUACAAGACUGAGGAACUGCUAAACUAGACAUUUCAAGUUACUUGUGUUGAGAUUGUUUUGUCAACUUCUUUUAAUUAAGAAAGAACUUUCAGUCUUAACUGAUGAAUUUCUUGUGUAUCUAUUUAAUUUAUGUCAGUGUACGUCAUAUGAACAUAAAUAUUUAUAUGCUUUCAAUGAAUGUGUAAGUCUUGUGAACAGACAGACUGAAGAUAAUCUGUGACGAUGUGAUGCUGCAGAGAAUUCAGAACAGUCAAGGGACAGACCUGGAUGUUUAAACAGGGAGACUUUUUUGUGGUGUGGAUCUAUCGACACAUCUUUCCUGUGUUGUAUUUUUCAAGGCCAGACUGGCUGACCCCAGUUCAAACUGCACUUGUGUGUGUGUGUGUGUGUGUGUGUGUGUGUGUGUGUGUGUGUGUGUGUAUGAAUGGCCUCUGUCUAUGAAUCUGCUGUACCAAUUUUGACCUCCAUGCAAAUCAGCCACACAUUUAUGAUAGAGUAAGCAGGAGUUAGUGGGUACUUUAGCGAGCUAACUGUCCAAAUUUGAUCCUUUGUAACAGUCAUUCGUGUCCAGACAGCGUGUCUAGACAGGUACUGUCUUUCUGCACCGUUGUUGUUGUCCAUAUUGUCUGACAGGACCCCUGGAGGCUGAUGCAUAAGCCUUUUGCACCUCGUGGGCUAAACACCAACCCUUUCCUCCGUGUAACCUCUGCCCCGAACACUUCACAACACUGUCCAGAAUUUCACACUCUCCCCUCAGGCCUCGACUCGGAGCAGGAGGCACCUGAGCCGUUUGUAUAGACCUCGAGCAUGUGCGACAGACCUGCAGCACAAGCCACCAGUAUUCACAAAGUAAACAGGCCGUGUAAAUAUUUCAGGACUGUUUAGGUGUCUG